UCUCCGUACAGUGUUCGCCACCAUGUUCCCCAUCAUCCUCGCCGUCGCAGCGAGUCUCUGCACAACCGCUCAAGCCCACGGCUCCCACGCUCACGAACAAGCACCGAUAGUCGCAGAAGAUGCAGACUGGACAACAAGGCAUAUGGCCGAGGAACACCACAUUGCCAACUUCGACGCGGGCUCCUUCUUCACCCUCCACGACUUCGACUCCUCCAACGAAUGGACUCACGACGACAUCUACAAGUUCUACGGCCUGGACCACGAGAGCACAUCUCAAAUAUCCUCCGCGGACAAAGAGGAAGCAGUGAACAAAGUCAUCAAGCUCUACGAUCGAGACGCUAGCGGUACGGUUUCCUUCGCCGAAUACACCGUCGGCACAGCACAGGGUAUCACACUCCCGGACUUUGGCUGGGGACCGGGCCAUCACGGCGAUGAUGAGUACGAGUAUGAGAUCCACCAUUGGGAGAAGUAUCACGAUGAGAAUACGAAGGAGGAGGAUCUGAUUCAUCCGGAGGAUAUUGAGCAUUUCAGGCAUCAUGAGGAGAUGGACGAGCAGGAGGAACGACAGAGGGUAAUGGACCAGCAGGCAAUAGUUGAGGCCAACAUACCGGAGAAGUUUCGGCGGAAGGGAUAGUGAGGAUCUGAAAGAGACGGGAGAGGGAGCAGCCUUGUACGGCGUACUGAAGGAUGUUACAGCACAGGACUUACGAUUCAAGAGG